AUGGGCAAAAGAGAUAGAAGGAAAAAUGUAGCACAGAUUGUGUUGAUGCCUACAUUUUGGACAAGCAUUGUGUACUCUCUCAAAGUAGCAAGUCCUCUUGUUCGUGUACUUAAGUUGGUUGAUGGUGAGAGAAUGCCUCCAAUGGGAUAUAUUUAUGAGGCUAUGGAAAGGGCUAAAGAAGCGAUAGCUAAAGCUUUUGGUGAGAAUGAGGAGAAGUAUAAGGACAUCUUUAAGACCAUUGAUACUAGGUGGAAUAUCCAACUCCAUCGCCCUUUGCAUGCAGCUGGGCAUUUCUUGAACCCAGAAUAUUUUUAUAGCAAUCCAAAUAUUGAGCAAGAUGAAGAGGUGAUGGGUGGUUUAUAUCAAUGCAUAGAAAGAUUGGUUCCAACCACUGAAGUGCAAGAUAAAAUUUCUUUAGAGUUGAGUAGAUAUAUGAAAGCUGAUGGUCUAUUUGGCUCAUCAAUUGCUAUUAGACAAAGACAGUCAAGGGCACCAGCCGAUUGGUGGUCCGCAUAUGGUUCUACAACUCCUAAUUUGCAAAAGUUUGCCAUUAAAGUGCUUAGCCUCACAUGUAGCGCAUCUGGGUGUGAACGAAAUUGGAGUGUAUUUGAACAUCUUCAUAGCAAGAAGAGGAACCGGCUAACUCAAUGUCGAUUGAAUGAUUUGGUUUUCAUCAAGUAUAAUUGA